CAGAAGCCUCUUGUACAACGGGGCGGAAUCCUGCCGGCAGGAGUCAGACGGGAAGUGCGGGAGCCUGGGGUGUUAUGUUGAAGAACAUUUCAGAGGAUUCCCUAUCACGCAUCAAGGCGGGAAUGGCAUGGACUGACCCGAUGAUCAGCGGGCAGCUCAGCAAGCCGCUGCUGUUCCUGGGCAGUGACAUGAGCGGCACCGAUCUGCGGCCCCAAGCCAGCGGGGCCCCCACCCCUGAGCACGAGCUUGCCGAUUCACCGCCGUCGCUGCCACCACCGGCCGAGGUCACCGACGGCGACGACGCGCCCGCCAACCUCUUCGGCCCCCCUGUGGGCUCUUCGCAGUCCGACACCAGCAGCAGCCCUUUAGAGCAGAGUCAGCUCGGCCAGCCGCACCCCACCUACCCCGUCGGACCCCAGUCGCUGUUGGCUGCCCAGCAGAUGGCGUCGACAGUAGCCGGGGUGAUGCCCGGGGCCCCCCCAGGCCUGAACCAGCCCAUCCUCAUCCCCUUCAAUGUGGCCGGGCAGCUAGGCAGUCAGCAGGGCCUGGUGCUCUCACUGCCGACCACCAACCCUGCCAACCUUGCCAGCCUUGCCAGCCUGCAGGGCCUAGUGGCGGCAGCAGCGACGGGCGGGAUCAUGACCCUGCCGUUACAGAACCUUCAAGCUACCUCGUCCCUGAACUCGCAGCUCCAGCAUCUGCAGCAGCUCCAGCACCUGCAGCACCAACAGCAUCACCAUCAGCAGCAGCAUCAGCAUCUCCAGCAUCAACAGCAGCAUCAGCAUCAGCAGCUCCAUCAACAGCAUCAGCACCCGGGACCAACGCACGCCCACGCUCAGAAUCCGCUCUCCGCAUCGCAUCAACAGUCCCCAACCGGCCAGCACCAGUCCUCAUCUUCCUCCUCUUCAUCCUCUGCCUCCACCCCAGCAGGCCAUGGCCCCGCCGCCUCCGCCUCUCCUCCACACAAGCAGAGCCAGUCGCCGGGCCGCAGCUUGCCCUCACCUACUACGCCUCCCACACCCCUCCAGCUCAAUCCUCUGGCCACCCAGGCAGCAGCGGCGGCAGCAGCCAUGAGCUCCAUGGCUGGUUCCCAAGCAUUCAGCAACGCUCUGUCAGGCCUCCAAGGCGUCACUGGGCAGCUGGUCACCAACGCGCAGGGACAGAUCAUCGGAACGAUCCCGCUGAUGCCAAACUCCGCUGGGCCCUCCAGCCAGUCAGGGGGCGGAGCUCCAGGGCUUCAGGUCCAGCCAAUCACGCCGCAACUCUUGACCAACGCCCAGGGCCAGAUCAUCGCCACAGUUAUUGGCAACCAGAUCCUGCCAGUCAUCAAUACCCAGGGAAUCACGCUGUCACCAAUCAAGCCUGGACAGCCACUGCCACAGGCACAGCAAGGACAGCCCGGCCCGACGUCCUCGCAGAGCGGCCUGCUCCAUCUGCCACACGGCCAGGCCCCUCUGUCCCAGAGUCCCCUGCGGCAGGUGUCGUCCUCUUCCUCCAGCUCUUCGUCAUCCUCCGCCCUAAGCGUGGGUCAGCUAGUUAGCAACCCGCAGACAGCCCCCAGCGAGGUGGAUGGGGUCAAUCUGGAGGAGAUCCGUGAAUUUGCCAAAGCGUUCAAGAUCCGCCGGCUGUCCCUGGGCCUGACGCAAACUCAGGUGGGCCAGGCGCUUAGCGCCACUGAGGGUCCAGCCUACAGCCAGUCUGCCAUCUGCAGACACACCAUCCUGAGAAGCCACUUUUUUCUACCACAGGAAGCCCAGGAGAACACUAUAGCUAGCAGUCUGAGAGCCAAACUGAACCCUGGCCUUUUAUAUCCUGCCAGGUUUGAGAAGUUGGACAUCACCCCAAAAAGCGCGCAGAAGAUUAAGCCUGUUCUGGAGCGCUGGAUGGCCGAGGCUGAGGCCCGCCAUCGUUCCGGCAUGCAGAACCUGACUGAGUUUAUCGGCAGCGAGCCGUCCAAGAAGCGCAAGAGGAGGACCUCUUUUACGCCGCAGGCUCUCGAGAUCCUCAAUAGCCACUUUGAGAAGAACACACACCCGUCUGGACAGGAAAUGACUGAGAUUGCAGAGAAGCUGAACUAUGACCGGGAAGUGGUCCGCGUCUGGUUUUGCAACAAGAGGCAGGCAUUGAAAAACACAAUAAAGCGCUUGAAACAACCAGAACUGGGACCGGCCGCCCCUAUGGACACGCUGGCCGACUCGGUGGAAGAUCACUCCUAGAGAAAGCUAACGUCAAAAGUGCGCUACACAGUAACGACUUCAGCUAGGUGAGGACUGACUGCAAAAUUCCCCAGAGUCAUCACUGGACGAUCUCCCGAUUUGUAUUUUUCCUUUUGACAAAUGGAAUGACAAAGACGACGAUACAUACAAAUAUUUUGUCAGUGUAAUGGCUGCCGCCAGGUAUUUAUGAAAACCAAAACAAAACAAAAAACAAAUCCAGAAAAUCGAACAUCGUCUCUGUGGGAGAGUUAACAAAAUGUUAGAAAAUAAGGUUGUGUCAAAGUUGGCAGACGUCAGGCAGAGACCACUGAGUCAACCUUCUCCGAUGCCGAUGUAUUGGAUUCAUGUUGAAAAAUCACACCAAAAGACAUAAAUAAAAACUACUACCAAAGUCUGUUAUACCAGAAUCCUGAUUACUUUCAUUUUAUGAGUAAAUGUAUCCUAAAUUUUUACCUUUGUACUGAUGUGAAGAAAAAAACAUUUAUGAGGUAGUGACAUUUUGUAUUAUAUCUCCUUCUUUGGUUAAUGAGCUUGUCUUUAAUUGUAAAUAACCACAAUCCUUUGUUCCUCAGUUAUAUAUAAGUAACAACUCAUCUUGAAAAUGUUGUGCUGUCUUGACAAUGGUCACGAUAAUGUCCCAUUUAUUAUGCUUUUUGUUCACUGGAGUUAAAAUUCUCAGUUUCUGUGUGACUUUGUAAAAAAAAAAACUGUACAGGUAUUUAUUCAUUUUUACAAGAUUGUAUAUUUAUGGGAUGAUGUAAAUAGGCAUAAUUAGUCAAGGAAAUUUUACAGAGGCAGAAACAAAGAAGAUUCGUUGGCAGCUUGUCCUAGCGAGGGGCCAUCCAGGACCAUUACAAUGGCUGUAUCCGAAGCAAUGCUUAAAUGUUGCCAAAGCCUGAUAGCCAAAGAAUCUACUUUUAGGCCCGAGAAAAUGUACAGAUCUGAUAUGUGUCAAAAUGCCCAAGGAUUUACGUAUAUCAGAUUCCCUUUGAUGUUUUUAUUUUAUCGAGUUUGUUCAGCUGCUCUGAGAUCCAGGUCUGUUGUCUAUGUGUUCGCUCACUGAACGAGAGAGCUUGGCACGUAGCUGUAUGCGUAUAUGUGUUAAUGAGAGAAAAGUAGAUAGUUUUCAUCCUGUGUAAUUUCAUUUGUUCUGUGUUUCGAUGAAAGUAGAAAAAUGUUUGAAAAAAUAACCUUCUCAUUUUUAAUGUCAUUGUGUGUUUUUUUAUGUAUUUAUGUGUUUAUUUAAUUUCCAGAUUGGCAUCUUUUGCCAUUUCAGGCCCUGGUGAGUUGCAGUGCAUCAAGACAGGGAGCCAGUUUCUCGAGUUUCUCAUAAGCGGAAGGCUGAUGUUAGAUUAGGAAAAGCAUUAUAGUAAAAGGGAAACAAUAGGCUAGGAUUUAAUGUUUU